GUUUCAAAAUGGCGGCCGCCACUGCGGGGCUCUUGCUGGCCGGGCGUCGGGGUUGCAGCUGAGCGAACGUCUGCUUUUGUCCCUCUUGAGCCUGGAUCCGACUAGGGGUUGGGCAGGGCCCUAGUGGACGCCGUUGGGGGAGGCCUGACGAGAUUUAUUAAGAGCUCUUCUGAAUUCAUGGUGUUUCAUUAUAAAUCCGACUGAGAUAUCAGAACCUCUUAGAUUAUUUUUACUGGACCAGAAGAAUGACAUCUAUUAUCAAAUUAACUACCCUCUCUGGGGUCCAAGAAGAGUCUGCUCUUUGCUAUCUUCUCCAAGUUGAUGAGUUCAGAUUUUUGCUGGACUGUGGCUGGGAUGAACACUUCUCGAUGGAUAUUAUAGAUUCCUUGAGGAAGCACGUUCACCAGAUCGACGCGGUGCUGCUGUCCCACCCGGAUCCUCUGCAUCUCGGGGCCCUCCCAUAUGCUGUGGGCAAGCUGGGGCUGAACUGCGCCAUCUACGCCACCAUCCCUGUGUAUAAAAUGGGACAGAUGUUCAUGUAUGAUCUCUACCAGUCUCGGCACAAUACCGAAGAUUUUACGCUUUUUACGUUAGAUGAUGUGGAUGCAGCCUUUGACAAAAUACAGCAGCUAAAAUUCUCUCAGAUUGUGAAUUUGAAAGGUAAAGGACAUGGUUUGUCUAUCACACCUCUGCCAGCCGGUCAUAUGAUAGGUGGAACAAUAUGGAAAAUAGUCAAAGAUGGAGAGGAGGAGAUUGUGUAUGCUGUUGACUUCAACCACAAGAGGGAGAUCCACUUAAAUGGAUGCUCCCUGGAAAUGCUAAGCAGACCCUCCCUACUUAUCACAGAUUCGUUUAAUGCUACGUAUGUGCAGCCCAGAAGAAAACAGAGAGAUGAGCAGCUUCUGACGAAUGUCCUGGAAACGCUGCGAGGUGAUGGAAAUGUGUUAAUAGCAGUGGAUACUGCAGGCCGGGUUUUGGAGCUUGCUCAGCUCCUUGAUCAGAUUUGGAGAACUAAAGACGCAGGCUUGGGUGUUUACUCACUGGCACUCCUAAAUAAUGUCAGUUAUAACGUGGUGGAGUUUUCUAAGUCCCAGGUAGAAUGGAUGAGUGACAAAUUGAUGAGAUGUUUUGAAGACAAAAGAAAUAAUCCAUUUCAGUUUCGCCAUCUUUCUUUAUGCCAUGGUCUUUCUGACUUGGCGCGAGUUCCUAGCCCCAAAGUUGUGCUUGCCAGCCAGCCCGACUUGGAGUGUGGAUUCUCAAGGGAUCUCUUUAUUCAGUGGUGUCAGGACCCUAAGAACUCAAUCAUUCUAACUUACAGAACCACUCCUGGCACCUUAGCGCGUUUCCUAAUUGACAAUCCUUCUGAAAAAGUUACAGAAAUAGAGUUGCGGAAACGCGUGAAGCUUGAAGGGAAAGAACUUGAAGAAUACUUGGAGAAAGAGAAACUAAAGAAGGAAGCUGCUAAAAAGCUUGAGCAAUCCAAAGAGGCGGACAUAGACUCCAGUGACGAGAGUGACGUGGAGGAGGACAUCGACCAGCCGUCGGCUCACAAGAUGAAGCACGACCUGAUGAUGAAGGGGGAGGGCAGUCGGAAAGGAAGUUUCUUCAAACAGGCAAAGAAGUCCUACCCCAUGUUCCCUGCUCCCGAGGAGAGAAUUAAGUGGGAUGAGUAUGGCGAAAUUAUCAAACCAGAGGAUUUCUUAGUGCCAGAACUUCAAGCUACUGAGGAAGAGAAAAGCAAAUUAGAAUCUGGUCUGACAAAUGGAGACGAACCCAUGGAUCAGGACUUGUCUGAUGUUCCUACUAAGUGUAUUUCCACAACAGAGUCCAUUGAAAUAAAAGCCAGAGUCACCUACAUAGACUACGAAGGCCGCUCUGACGGGGAUUCCAUCAAGAAAAUCAUUAACCAGAUGAAGCCCCGGCAGCUCAUCAUCGUCCAUGGGCCCCCGGAGGCCAGCCAGGACCUGGCCGAGUGCUGCCGCGCGUUUGGCGGGAAGGACAUCAAAGUGUACAUGCCGAAGCUCCAUGAAACCGUGGAUGCCACCAGUGAGACACACAUCUACCAGGUGAGGUUAAAAGACUCCCUCGUCAGCUCCCUUCAGUUUUGUAAGGCCAAAGACGCGGAGUUGGCCUGGAUAGACGGUGUGCUGGACAUGAGAGUCUCCAAGGUGGACACGGGAGUUAUUUUGGAAGAAGGGGAGCUGAAGGACGACGGAGAGGACGCUGAGAUGCAGGUGGACGCCCCUUCCGACUCGAGCGUGAUCGCGCAGCAGAAGGCCAUGAAGAGCCUGUUCGGGGAUGACGAGAAGGAGGCGGGGGAGGAGAGUGAGAUCAUCCCCACUUUGGAGCCCCUGCCGCCGCACGAGGUUCCAGGACAUCAGUCAGUUUUCAUGAAUGAACCAAGGCUCUCAGACUUCAAGCAAGUCCUUUUACGGGAGGGAAUUCAAGCGGAGUUUGUCGGAGGUGUACUUGUUUGCAACAACCAAGUAGCAGUCCGAAGAACGGAAACUGGACGCAUUGGACUAGAAGGCUGCCUUUGUCAAGACUUCUAUAGGAUAAGAGACCUUUUGUACGAACAGUACGCCAUCGUGUGAAGGACGUGUGCCGAGAAGCGUCUGCCUGGCCUUCCCCAGAGAAAGGCUUCUGUCUACUCCAAGCUGUGGCUGCUUUGUUUUGUGACGUACGGAGAGAAUCUGCCAGGAAAACGGAACGCGGAUUAAAUUUUUUCAAAAAUGUAAAUAGAGCUCACUUUGUUAAUGCUCAGCGGGGCACUCUCCCUUUCGGCUUUCAGAGCGCUGAAGUCCUGGACAGGUCCGAGAACCGAAGGCGACAGCUUCCCGCACACCUCCCUUAUCUGGAAGGGUAUUUUACUUGAAUAAAACAAUGCAGCUUAGCCAACCAGUUCAUGGCCUUAGAGAAACACGUUUGCAUGAAUUCUUGCGAACUGUUUCUUGUAUCUUCUGGAAUGAAAAGUGAGACUUACUUAUAAAAGAUGUGCUACAGAAAAAGAAAAAGAAAAAAAAAACACCAAAACUGAUAAAACAGUUUUUUGAAGCUUAGGCAUUUAGAAAACACAGAAUCUAUGUUACAACUCUGAAUUCCGAGAUGCAGGCUUUGCACAUGGAGUCUCUGUAUUUCCGGUCAUUUACUCUCACGUGAGGUUGUACACAUUUUGUGUAGAAAUCAAUUUUUACUUCUCCCAUUUCUUGUUUCAUCAAGAUCUUGUCACUCAGUUUGAAUUACAACACUCUUGUUUGGCUAUGCAUAUGUAAUACAUAAUUCAAAAUACCUGCCUGGUGUGAGACUGCUCAGUGCUCUGUUUCAAGGAAACAAAUGUUGCACCUCACUUUUGUAAGGUGGUGGUGUACCUGAACUACGAAGCGUAGAUGCUUCCAUCUUUGGCUUGCUCUCUCCCAGGGUUACCCGAGUAGCGGCUGGAUUUUACACACGUUACUCAGAAUAACGCUCAUAGUGAGUUGGAAAAGGACUUCCUUUCUGUGUUGCUGACUUUCCUGGUGAACUAUAAACCACUGUUUCUCGAGUGAAAACCGAAAACCUGCAGUUUUCACCGAAACCUAAGCAGUGCGAAAACUGGGUCACCCUAUUGUCAUCUCAUGAUGCUUUCCUUUGUAGGAAGCAGUUUAAUCACGGCAGACUUUCAUGCUUAUUUCUAAAUGACGUAACCCUGCUCUUCACGCUCUGUGUUGUUAGCAGCAGUGACUGGUCUUGCCUAACUUUAUGGGGCUGUGUACAUCAUACCAGCUGGUGUCAGAUUAGAAUUAAUAUGUCACUAUUUCAAAUGCUUAGUGUAGAGUAUAAUGCUAAUGCAGGGUUCCAGCCUUCUGAUACAGAAAACCAGAUGCACAAAACAAUGUUGAUGAUGAAUAGAGAGUAUGGUUUCUUUUUAGUGCAUUAAAAAUUUGUCACUUAAAAAAAACUCUUAUUGCUGAAUCAGGUGAGCCUAUAAUACUGUUUAUAUCCAGGGAGAGAAGCUCUGCAUUUGUUUCAUGGUUUAAAGCAUCUAAUCAUACAUCUCACAUCAUAAUACUGUUCUUCAAAAAGUGUCUCUUGGCUAGCCUUUUUAUUGUCCUAUGAACAGGUGUUAAAUUUUGAAGUACUGCUUGAAGAUGACUGUGUUAAAUAAUGUCAUUGAAAGAGCAAUACUUUUACCUGUUUCCAAUUGGCAAGUUUACUAAAAUUUCUAGGACUUGUUUAGCCUCAGUUACUUAGGAAAAAUACAUAAGUGACUGAGAUAAAUCAGGAACUCGGAGAAAUUUCUAGACCUUUAUUAGUUAGAAGAAUAAAUACAACUUGGACUAUUAGCAUCUGCAAAUAAUUUGAUUAAAAAUAAAUUAUUAUUUGUUGCAUCAGGAUUAUAAAUGUCAAAUAUUGGGGUCAUGACCCAGUAGGUGGCCUGAAAGAGAGGAAGUCAAUUUUCUGAGGAGAGCCAUUUGCCUCUUUUUUUUUUUUUUUUUUUUUUUUUUUACUUUGAGAUACAAUUCACAUAGUGUACAGUUGGCUGGCAUUGGUGUACACAGAGUUGUGCAACCAUCGCCGCUGUCUAAUGCCAGAACCUCAUCAUCCCACAGAAAGGAACACCAUACCCAUCACGACCGUCGCCUCACUGAGAGUCAUGGCGAUUUAUACUUUUUUCUAUGAGUCUUAGAGUUUUACCUAAGGGCAGGGUCCAACUUCAUUCUUUCGUGUGUGGAUACCCAGUUAUCCCAGCACCGUUUGUUGUGAGGAGUGCUUCUUCAAGGAAUUGUCUUGCCGCCCUUGUUGAGAAUUGUUCUCCAUAAAUGUGCGAGUUUGCUCCUGGGCUCUCGUUCUCCUCAUGGAUCCGUAUCUCUGUCGUAGUACCACACUGUCUUGACUACUUUGUAGUGGUAAAGCCUUUGAAAUCAGGAAGUGAGAGUUCCCCAACUGUGUUUUCUCUUGAGCUUGUUUGGGGUCCUUGCAUUUCUGCAUGAGUUUUACCAAUGUCUUCCCAAAAGGCCCAUUCACAUUUAAUAGGAAAAAAAACAAAAAGUUAAGAUUUACGACUUAAAAUCUUAAAAUGUUAUGGCUAACAGGGGCUAAAAAACCAUCUGGUUCCAGCCACUGACUUUGGCAUUGAACGAAUGGGCCUGUGAAAGGGAGAGGGUUUGCCUGAGAGCCACGUGGCUGGUUCAGGGCAGGGCUGGGCUGGGACUGAGCCCCGGGGAAGCCAGUGUUGUCUACACUGCUGGCUGUGUGGCUUCCGAUCGCUUCACCCAGCACAGUAAGUUCAGUUCAUCUAAGAAUGAUGAGUAGCCACGCUGAGGGUACUCACGGGCUGAGACAGACUGAUAUCUCAUCCCAUAGACAGGAGAGGUGGGAGGGGAAAGAGGAGACGUCCCCUGCAGUUGCCUUUGGCUGUAAGGUUCUAGUUUUAUCCCAAGGUUACCGUCCUUCCAAAUAUCAGUUAACUGAUAUCGCUCAAGACAAAGGAUGCCGACAGUGUUAGUGGUUCAGUGAUGUGACCGAGAGUCUGUUCCAGGGGUGACGAUGGGGUGAGUGGCAUUAACGUGGAAAUGAAGAUGCAGCAGGGCCUUCGGAGAUGCCCACUUGGGAAUAUCGCUCCCCCACCCCCACCUCUUCUUUUGCUUAUCGUUUAUCUGUUAUCUGUUUCAGCUGUGUUUAUGGGAAAAUACCCAAAAUUAAAAAAUAAAUAUGAAAGCCCUGGA